AGCUGGCAUUAUUUGCUAGAUUCUACAAGUCGAUCCAGCCGGCUGGGGCGGCUGGGAUAUGGCGUGCGGACGCUGUCAAAUUUCCGUACAUGAAUGGGUUCAUUUCGGAAUCGGCUUUCCUUGUCGGGGGUCUUGUGUUUGCGUUGCCUAUGGUUAUCAUACGUAUCAAGGAUCAUACCGAUCUAGACGACGAGACCGUCACUCGUAUGGAUGAUAAAGGGCAUAUACGUCCGACUGAGAAUGUCACUGCAGAGAUGAAAGCUCUCCAGGGGUCUUCAUGAUUUUUAUGUUGGUGAUAAAGGUCACUUUAUGACUGAUGACAUUUUUUUCUAGUCUAUCUGUAAAUACUCGUGUUCUUG